AUGGGGAAUGAGAGAAGUUUUCUCGAGAAAAAGGCUUUCGUGGUGGGGUCUGGUCGCUACCACCUGUUUGGGUUUAGCGUGCCCGGGGACGGUUUCGCGGCCAACUGCCCAGCUGGUCAUCUGGACUCAGACGCAUCUCUCGACAAUGUGGCGCGACCGCAUUUCCGGGCCGAACCCCCCGCCGCGAAUCGCAAUCCCUCCCUACCUCGACGAUCCUCUUCCCAGCUCUCCCGGAGCCCCUACAACAACCGUCCCGGAGCCACCUCGAGAACCUCAUCGACUUCCUUGCUGGCCAGUCCCAAUGACUCGACAGCCUCGCUUCCUGGGACGGCUCGACCAGCCAAUGGCUUGGGUAUCAGACAAGCAAGCGGACAGCGAUCGCGUCCGGCGGUUGUGCCCGAUCCGCUACAGGUCUUGAAUGGAAUCAUCAGGAAAGAACAGCAGCAGCAGAAAGAUGUCCCUCAGCUAUCAGGCGCAUGGCCAGAUGAGCUUGUGGAGUCUAUUGAUUUCGGCACAAUGAGCCUCGAGGAAUUCGUGGCCAAACCAGAUCCGCCGCCAACGCGAACGAGCGCGAGUAGGGACGCCAACAGGCAAACAGUCAAGCAAUUCGAGCAAGAGCGCGACAAGUUCCAGGAACUGCAUACUUCAAUCGCUGGAUGUGAUGAUGUCUCGAAAUCCGUGGAAAUAUAUCUCAAUGACUUCUCGAACGAGUUGGGGGCUGUGUCGGCGGAGAUUGAAACAUUGCAAACCCGCUCAACGCAACUUAAUGCGAUGUUAGAGAACCGCCGCAACGUGGAACGACUACUGGGUCCGGCCGUGGAGGAAAUCAGCAUUUCACCCAAAGCUGUACGCACGAUCGCGGAGGGACCCAUGGAUGAGAAUUGGGUGCGCGCCCUGAACGAGAUCGAUACGAGGACAACAAGCAUCGAAGCCAAGGCGGCCUCCUCGACUGGCUUUAAGGCGAUUGAAGAUAUCAGACCGCUUCUAAUCAACGUCAAGGAUAAGGCGAUUGAGCGAAUUCGGGAUUAUUUAGUGUCACAGAUUCGUGCCAUGCGGUCUCCUAACAUCAACGCGCAGAUUAUCCAGCAACAGCGUUUGUUGAAGUUCAAGGACCUAUUCAGCUACCUCUCCAAGAUCCACCCGAAGCUGGCCAGCGAGAUCUCCAAAGCAUAUGUCAACACCAUGCGCUGGUACUAUACGUCCAAUUUCACUCGCUAUCUCCAGGCACUUGACAAGAUCAAGGUAUACCCCAGUGACCAAAACGAAGUUCUUGGAGGUGACCCCCGUACGCAUCGAACCGGAAACAUCCUCCCGGGCGGCCGAGCUGGCUCUGCUGCACAUGAUCCUUUUUCUCUGGGUCGCCGGAUUGACAUGCUUCGCAGUGGGAAUACCCAGGCGCUCUCGUCAUAUCUAGCCGAGGAAGACAGUUCCUAUCACGGUAUCGAGGUUCCAUUCCGGAAUUACAAUAUUGCGCUGGUGGAUAACGUCUCCGCCGAGUACUCGUUCCUCACUGAAUUCUUCUCGGCCAUGACAUUUCACCAAAUCUCGCGCAUGGCCGUGGAAAUCUUUGAGCCGUCAUUUGCACUCGGCUCAAAUCUGACAAGGAAAUUAAUUGAAAACACCACUGACUCUCUUGGAGUUCUCAUGUGUGUUCGCUUGAACCAACACUCGGCCUUUGAACUUCAACGACGCAAAGUGCCCGUGGCUGAUUCUUACGUGAAUGGGAUCAACAUGCAACUCUGGCCACGGUUCCAGGUUAUCAUGGACCUUCAUGGAGAGUCACUCAAGCGGGUAGCCUCGAACGCAGGCCGCAGUGCGGUUUCCGCUCUUUCGAUUGCAGGUGGUGAUGACCUGAAGAAUUCUUCUGCGCCACACUUCCUGACACAACGGUUUGGACAAUUGAUGCAUGGCAUUUUGGUGCUCAGCAGUGACGCUGGGGAUGAUGAGCCUGUCUCGAAUAGCUUGGCUCGACUCAGCUCCGAGUUCGACACUCUCCUGGCGAAGCUGAGUCGAAACGGGACGGAUGCCAAGCGCAGAGAGCGUUUCCUGUUCAACAACUAUACAUUGAUCUUAACGAUCAUUAGUGAUACCCAAGGCAAACUCGCCUUGGAGCGGAGGCAGCAUCUGGACGAGAUGCUGAAGAAUUGUAGUAAGCGUUAA